AUGUUGAGUAUUGUUUUCCUGAUCUCCUGUGUGUAUGUAGUGCAAGGGACUAAAACCACACUUCAUGUUACCGAGGAGUCCGAUAUAAACACCUUUAUUGGACACGCCGGAAAUGGAAUCAUGCAGUCCUUACCAGAAGAGGUUCAAGCGGACCUUGUGUACAGUAUGAUCGGGUCCGGGGAACAUGCAAACCUAGUUAAACUAAACAAGGAAAGCGGAAAUCUCUACACAACGGAACUUAUUGAUCGGGAGUCUACAUGCGGAAAGCGGGAAAAAUGCUUCAUCAACCUCAAGGUGGCGCUGUAUUCAGCAAAAGCGAGUCAUUUCGAAAUUGUGGAUGUGGAAAUUCUAAUUGAUGACAUUAACGACCAUGUUCCAAGAUUUCCUACGAACAGCAUCAGUAUCGAUGUUCCCGAGUCUACCCUCGUGGGAACUGUUAUCACAACCGUUACAGCAACAGACAGGGACUCCACAGAAAAAUUCUGCAAUGUGACUUACAAUUUACAUGCUAUAGAUGUGUUCGGUCUUCAUGUAACCAAGAACAAAGAAGGUUCACGAGUGGCUUCUCUUAUUCUACUUGAAUCCUUGGAUCGUGAAACUAAAGACUCAUACAACGUACGAAUCACGGCUUCGGACGGAGAACAAACAUCGGAUUCCAGCGAUAUUCUUAUCGACGUCACAGUCACAGACAUCAAUGAUAACAGUCCACAGUUCCAACGAUCUAGCUACAACGUUACAGUUCUGGAAAAUGCCACAAUAGGAACAACUGUACUGACUAUACGAGCGUCUGAUGCCGAUCUCAGGGACAAUGGACGCGUGUCCUACAAAAUUUUAGGAGAAAUGCCAUUCUUUAGAUUGUUUUUCAUGAUUGAUGAAUAUACCGGUGAUGUUCUAGUGGACGGGGAUCUAAGUAGAGUAAGCGGAGAGACUUUUCAACUAGAAGUUGUAGGUGAAGACCAAGGACAUCCGCCGCUUGCUUCUGUCGUAAACCUCACUGUAUCAGUGUUAGAUGUCGUGAACAACGCUCCGGUGAUUGACGUGAAUAUCUUGUCCCAUGGAGGUGCGCAAACGAACAAUAAUCUCACUGCACUGGUGCCAGAGUCCUCGGAAUCGGGUAGUGUUGUAGCUUUCAUGAGCGUCAUAGACAGAGAUAUGGGUCUAAAUGGAAAUGUUUCCUGUUCCGUCUCAGGUACAGAGUUUGAACUUCAAGAUGUCCCCUCUUCCGGACAUAUAAUUGUUUCCCGGAUAUCGCUGGACAGAGAGACUACAGAACGUCAUGAUAUAACGGUAUUGUGCACCGAUGCCGGGACUCCCCCGCUUUCAUCUACGGUCAGCAUCGCAGUACUGGUUCAAGACAUUAACGACAAUGCGCCAAUAUUCAGCAAGAAAUCUUACUUCACAUCAAUCGUUGAAAACAAUGAACCUGGAAAACAUGUAGUAACAGUAUCUGCUUCCGAUAAAGACGUGGGCCAAAACGCUCGAGUAAAAUAUUUUAUUCAAGGUGAACAUGAACAUCAAGCAUUUACAAUAGAUUUCGAGUCAGGAAUUUUAAAGGCAAGAACGAGAUUGGACCGUGAAGUGGUCAGUGAGUAUGAACUGACAGUGGUUGGGGUGGAUUCCGGAUUGCCUCCACUUACUGGUACAACAACAGUGUUCGUUUCAAUCCUUGACACUAAUGACAACGUGCCGUCCUUCAAGGUUCCAAGGUUCCAGUUUUUUGUCUUAGAAAACAUGCCAGCUGGUUUGAAGAUUGGACAACUCAGCGCAACAGACAAAGACAUUGGCAUCAACGGUAACUUGUUGUUUUCUGUCACAGAUGGAUACAAAAAUACGAUUCCUUUUAUCGUUUUCCAAGACGGCACAAUAAAAACAAGCGAAACUCUGGAUAGGGAGGAUAAGGAUAGGUACAUUUUCAAUGUUAAAGCGUAUGAUUCGGGAUCUCCUUCAUUUGUUUCAACAGCAGAAGUCACAGUUUACAUCGCUGAUGACAAUGAUAACGCACCGAUUAUCAACUAUCCUGCCAAAGAAAAUGAAACGGUUAUCGUGUUUUCUGAGAAAACGAUCGGGUCUACAGUGGCUGUCAUUCAAGCAAGCGAUGCAGACGAAUCGGGACCUAACAGUGACCUUGAAUUCACUAUAACAUCGGGAAAUGAAAGAGGGGUCUUUGCCAUGGAUAAAACAUUCGGUACUCUAAUCAUAAAGAAAGAAACAGAAACACAAGAAGAUGAGAGCUACUUGCUGCACAUUCAAGUCCGUGACAAAGGAUAUCACACGAAAAGCGCGGACACCAAGUUAAAAGUCAUUCUGAAAUAUGUAAACACACAGGAUGAAUCGGACAUGGUGCCACGAAACGCAAUGGUUACAACUUCUUUAGUGGCAAUCACGGUGGUGGCUGCAGUCGCAAUAACAACUAUCUUAUGCAUCUUCAGGAGAAACGCCCAUAAAAAGAGAAAAGAAAAACAAAAUCGAGCACAAGUCUACAAACAGUCCCAGCAAGUGAUCCCCAUAGAGGCGUUCACCUACAAACCCGCUGAUCCUAAUCAGGUCGGUCUCCACGCGACUGAGAAAAAAGCACCAGAAAGCGUUAAUAUGACGUCAUCAACAACAGAUCAAGAGGACCUCGACAACAUGGAAUUGUACAACUCAACUGGAACUUCCAUGUUUACCAAUUCUCUCAUCGAGUGCAAAAGGAUGAUGACUGACGAAAGUAGCGAUGACUCGGACUGUAGAAUAAACCGUGACCGUGGAAAAGGCGGAAGCUACCUGGACAUUUAUAAACUGAAUAGAAUGAAAACUCUGGGAUAUUUUGGACCAAAACGGCCCCCACUGGAGAAAAUGGAUGUCAUGGAUAUAGUAUGAAAAUUCCAGGAACUUUUCUUGUUAAAAAGUUAAUCCUGCCACUGAGAUAACUGCCUCUCCGAUUUUCUGGUCCGAACAAAAAUAGACAAUGCCCGUGACCAGACACGCGCGAGUUGGCCCUGGAAAUACCCGGAUGGAACUCGUCUACAAAAGUCGGGAACUAAUAGUGCUACUAGAGUAGUCUGACUAAUCCAAGAACGUUACUAACCACUGUUGAUGUAUUGAUAAGGUUUAAUGAAAUUAUUUAUAAUGA